UCCAAUAUGGCGGACAACGAAGCUUGAAAAUCUUUCUUUUAAAGACAUUCAACACAAUGCAGGUUUCACAGCCAAAUAACGUAAAAAUCUAUAAUCUUUCUGCUGGAAAAUCAUUACCAGAGUGGCUUUCAGAACGAAAAAGAAGAACGCUACAGAAGAAUGAUAUCGAUAUUCGUAGACGUAUUGAACUCAUCCAAGAGUUUGAGAUGCCAACAGCUUCUACCAACAUACAGGUUUCUUCAGACAAGGAGUAUAUCAUGGCUACUGGAGUUUACAAACCCAGAGUUAGAUGCUUUGAGACAAGUCAAUUAUCAAUGAAAUUUGAAAGAUGUUUAGAUUCUGAUGUUGUCAAGUUUUGUAUUUUAUCAGAGGAUUAUUCCAAGAUGGUUUUCUUACAGUCUGACAGAUAUGUGGAGUUUCAUGUACAGUAUGGCAGGUAUUACAGAACAAGAAUACCCAGGUUUGGUCGGGAUUUGACUUAUCACAAGCCAUCAUGUGACUUGUACUUGGUUGGUGCUGGGCCAGAGAUAUACAGACUGAAUCUUGACCAGGGGAAGUUCCUUAAUCCUCUAAAAACUGAUGCAGCAGGAAUAAAUGUUUGUGAUAUGAACCCAGUACACCAAUUAUUUGCUGCUGGAACAACAGAGGGUCGUGUUGAGUGCUGGGACCCUCGAUCUCGGUCCAGAGUGGGUGUUCUAGAUGUUGGCUUGAGUGGAAUCACACAAGACAGGUCUGAUUACAUACCGUCUGUAACGGCACUUAAAUAUCGUGACGGAUUGACAAUGGGUGUUGGCACGGCAACAGGUCAUGUUUUGUUGUAUGAUCUUCGCUCCAGUCAUCCAUUACUUGUCAAGGACCACCAGUAUGGGCUGCCUAUCAAUAGUUUGUCAUUCCAAGAUAAGCUGGGCGUGGUGUUGUCUACAGAUUCCAAGAUACUCAAGAUAUGGGACAGAGAAACGGGUAAACCUUUUACAUCCAUUGAACCUCAAACCAACAUCAAUGACCUGUGCGUGUUCCCUGAUUCUGGUCUUCUGUUCAUGGCAACUGAGGCUCCAAAGAUGCUUGUCUACUAUAUACCAUCUUUAGGCCCAGCACCUCGAUGGUGCUCAUUCCUGGACAACCUGACCGAAGAACUGGAAGAAGAUCAACAACCUACUGUUUACGAUGAUUACAAAUUUGUCACAAAAGAUGACUUGGAGAAACUUGGACUGAAUCAUUUGAUAGGAACCAAUCUUCUAAGGGCUUACAUGCAUGGCUAUUUUAUGGACAUUAGGCUGUAUCAAAAGGCAAAGACCAUUGCAGAACCAUUCGCAUUCGAAGAAUAUCGCAAGAAAAAAAUACAGGAAAAAAUAGACGAAGAACGUGAAAACCGAGUUCGCAUCAAGAAACUUCCCAGAAUUAAUAGAGCACUCGCUGAGAAACUCUUAGAAGAAAAGCCAAAGAAAGACAAGAAAUUAGAUGAAAAGGGACCAGAUGUCAGCAAUCCACUGGGUGAUGAUCGAUUUGCUGCAAUGUUUAAGAAUCCAGACUUCCAAGUCGACCAAGAAAGCGAGGAGUUCAAAUUGCUCCACCCUGUCAUGUCAAAACACGAUAAAAGAAAAAGCAAAAAAAGCAAACAACUCGAAGACAAAAAACAACAGCAACUUUUGUCGCAGUUCGAUGAAGUCGAGGAGCUCGAAGGAAGACCCAGCUCAGAGGAAUCUAGUUCAGAUGAUGAGCACACGUGGAGGGAAGAACAGCGCAAGGAGUUAAAGAAAAACACCAAGAAAUCGUCCACCACCAAACAACCCAAGUUCUACGAAUUUAAACAAGCUGCGGAAUACAAAUCUAUGCAUUCUGUGGUCUCCUCUACGAACUCGCUUCAAAACAGAGUGUCGUUGGGUGAUCGUUUGAGAAAGGAAAACAACAGUAAAAUAAUCAAGACUACCGGGUCUUCUGUAGGUGAAAUGGAGAUGACUUUCUCAUUGAAAAAGGAUGUGGAAGAGACCAAACGACAAAAGGAACGCAAAGAACAUCGCGAAGAAAGGAAAAAAGUACGCCGUUCGGCGGGUAAUCUGAUGGCUGGAGAAAAGAAAAAGCCGGUGUUCUGGAGAGGAAAGAGAGUCAAAUAGUAUGGAUUGCGUCCUUUCUUAGAAUCAAUGAUACCUUGAAGGUCCUUGGCUCCAAGUCAUUAAUAAUGGAAAAAAACUUUUUUGCUGGCGCAGAAAAGACUCGGACAGCCAGAAUUCUGGUCAGGAUAGAUAGAUGAUGGAAAACCUGGCUUCGCUGGAAAAAUGGAUAUCGGAAUGGAGACGAUAAAUGUCAAGCUUCUACGUGGAAACGUUCCCAAAAAUUAAACAAUUGAUCUUAAACUUGAAUUAUUAUCAAACGAAUAAAAUCUCAUGAAUUUAAAUAGGAAAAUAA